CCUACUCUGAUUUAAUGGCGACCGGACCGACUUGCCUACUACGUGUUUGACAUAGAAAAUACUUUUGUAGCUGAUUCUCGACAGUUCCCCGAGCCACUCAAUCUUCGUGAAGAGUGAAAAUAGUUGUCAACGUAGAUUGUUGAUCCGUGCGCUCUCGUGCUUCCAUAUUCCCGUCGAUCCCCGUUACCCACGACCGGACCCCUGGAGAAAAGUGUGUGUGUCGCAAAGUGCCUAAAAUUUCGCCUUGCCUUGUCGCUGGCUCUCAAAGUUGAAUACCUAUAAUGGCGAGGCUCACAAAGGUCUACAAUACGGACGACGAUGACUCCGGUUAUGUUGGCCGCAGGAAUUUGCCCCUGGUGGCUGGCGAUAAGUUAAUGAUGCUCAUGGACCUGAAUAGCAAAGGACUGGUUAUCGACAGCCCACUGAUACGCGGACGCGACCUGGAGGAGUUCUCGCGCAAAUUCAAACUGCUGACAGAGGCCGAGCGCCGACAGUCAUUGGAGAUUGAUAGCGCCAGCUUCAUGUCUGUCCUCAACCAGUGCGUUCAAUGCGUGGGCUGCCGCCGGCGUGUGGAGCGGCUGUUCCACCAACUAACCGAGUCUGGACACCGGACGCUAGAUCCAUUGGAGCUACGCCCAUCAGCUACCCUUGGCAUUGUCGAGGAGAAGCUUAAAACUCCGCAGGCACUUGGGACUUUGCUUUACCGGCAUCAUGAAGUGCUGAAUAACCUGCUGGACAACAAACUGCGCAACAAGACGCGCUGCGUCCUCCAUUCGCUGGAUGCCUUCCGCGCCAAACCGUUUUCGGAGACGUGGCGCGAGGUGUGGUCCGCCAUGAAAAGCAACUGUCGAAACGAGUUGACCAUCAUCGAGACCAAGGAACUGCAUGAGGUGCUCGAGAACUACCUAAAGAAGCACAAGUUUUGCUCUGGCUGCCGGACAAAGAUUGAGCGCGCCUACAAAAUACUCAUUGGAGAGAUAUCGGCCAAGGAGAAGGGUUACGCGGCCCAGCUGUACGCCCAUAUCCGCAAGUGCGUUCCCGACCAGCACAUCCACGUGAGCACCAACAAGAUAGAGUUCCUGGACGCACUGAUUAAGCGCGCUGAGCCCGAGGUAAACGGUAGCUACUCGAAGCUACGUGAACGCCACGCGAAGACGCUGGAGAUCGCCCAGGAAGAGGUGCUGACCUGCGUUGGCAUGAUUAUGUACGAACGGCUUCGUCGCAUCUAUGUGAGUCUGCGAGAGGAGGAGCGCGCCUGCCAGGUGCUGGCCGCUGUGGGUGUCCACGCCCUUUGCCGCAGCUUCGACACCUUCGUGGAGCAGAAACAGGGAAUCAGCAACCUGGAGCUUCUCUACCAGGAGAUCAGUCGAGCGGAGAGGGCCAAGCAGAUCAAGCGCGAGCAGAAGAAGCUCAAGAAAAAGAAGAAGAAGGACGAGAAAAAGAACCUGUUGCAUCGACAGUGCGAGGAUACUGAAGCCAACGAGUCCGAUGAUGAAGAGGAGGAAGAUUUGGAAAAGGAGGAGCUAGAUCAGGAGGAGGAGGAGACUCAGGAGCACCAUUUGGAGCUAAGCGAUCCAGGUGCCGACGAUGGCAUUGUUAUAGAAGCACCGCACCCGGAGCCAGAACCCGAGCCCACGUCCAAGCCAACGAAAUCGAAACCGAAGAAGCAAGCGAAGAAAAAGAAGCAGAAACCAACGGUCUCUAAGAAGGCCCUUAAUCCGAUGCAGAUGCAGCCCACGGUUAGCAUCCAACCCUUGGACGACGAUCAUGAUCAACUGUACGUGGCCAGCUGUAUCUUGUCGAGCGUCGCUAAAACGGACGGCGGUGAUAAGUGUGAGGAGUGCCUGGCCCCCAUUCUUAAUUGCCCGUGUGAGCAGGAUGUGCGCGAUUCUGGUUACGGCAGCGAUCCCACUUCGCACGCCGAUUCGCGGACAUCCAGCGUCGUUUCGUCGCCUGAGGGAUCUGAGGUGUCUUGCUCGGACGGACUGUGUAAUCACGACGGCCACGACGAGGAUUCAGACAGCUUAGCGGCGCGAAAAAACUACGUCUCUGACCUAUUGUUUUAUGGUCAACAGUCGCAGUUGGAUCACAAGUUUUCAUUGUUGCAGAUGUGGGACGACUUCGACGAAUACGACGACAAAGACGAGGAGAGCUAUUACAUUCCCCAGGAGGUGGUGCUGGCCUUCAAAUGCCACCAGGAGCAGGUACAGCGACAGCGGGAGCAGCUCCGCGCCAAGCUGCGUGCCAACUUUGAGCGUAUGUGCCUGCAGCACGGUGUGCAGACGCAGGUGCGGAAAUCGAAGCGGGUAACUUCUGCUCUGGCUGGCCAUUAAAAAACGCAUUCAACCGUUGUAGUUAUUCAGUCGAGCGUGGCGAUUUUUAAAAAUAUGCCCGCAUGCAUUAAAAGUACAUAUAAUUUUUUGUUUUUGAAAUAAAUGAAGUAUACAAAGUUA